AAAAUCUCCGGCCGGCGUUUUCUCAAUCUCCGGCAUCAAUGGCCAUGCUCUCACACCGUCUCCGACGAGUGCUUGUCGCCGCACCUUCCUAUUUGCAACGAUCCUUCACUCUAUCUCAUCCCUCCGAUUUCCCUCCCGUGUCAUCGUUAUUACCGAGAUCUGUGGUGAAGCAAUCGACGGAAUUUAAUCGAUCUCCGGCGAGAUUGUUCUCGACGACUCAGUAUCAGUAUGAUCCGUACACAGGAGAAGAUUCGUUCAUGCCGGAUAACGAAGGAUGCGAUUUUAAUCAUUGGUUAAUUACAAUGAAUUUCCCUAAAGAUAAUGUUCCAUCUAGAGAAGAAAUGAUUUCGAUUUUUGAGCAAACUUGUGCUAAAGGACUUGAUAUAAGUUUGGAAGAAGCUAAGAAGAAAAUGUAUGCAAUUUGUACAACAAGUUACCAAGGGUUUCAAGCAACAAUGACAAUAGGAGAAGUAGAAAAGUUUAGAGAUUUGCCUGGGGUUCAAUACAUAAUUCCUGAUUCUUAUGUUGAUGUUGAGAAUAAGGUUUAUGGAGGAGACAAGUAUGAGAAUGGAGUGAUCACACCUGGGCCAAUUCCUGUUCCUACUAAAGAAGGCUUUGAUUCUCUAGAGAAGGAGAGUAAGCGGGAACAAGAGGAAGCUCAAAUCAUUCAAACGCCUUCGGAUGAGGGUAAAACCUCAGGACAAGUGCAAGAUCAAGGAAGUCAAACGCCUCCAGAUCAGAGAAGUGUCAAGCAAAGGCAAGGAACCCUUGCUCUAGGACAAGGGAAAAGUGAAGGAAGUCGAAUGCGAAUUCCAGUACAAAGGCAAAGUCGAGGUCAAGGAAAUCUAUUGCCUUCAUUGCAAGAGGGUUUCAAGCAGAGCCAGGGAACUCUUCAAGGAACACCAAUCCCUGGACAAGGGCAAGGAAGUCAAAUACCUUCCAAUCAGGUGGGUUACAACCAAGGUCAAGGAGCUCAGACGCCUCCAUACCAAGGAUUACCAAACAAUUACAGUCAAGGAGCAUUUGUGCAAUACAACCAAGGGCCACCGCAAGGAAACUUUAUCCAAGGGACACAAGAAAAUUACAGCCAAAUGGGCCAAGGGUAUUACAUUCCGCAGAGUGGUGGAAGCUAUGGUCCUGCACAAGGAGCAGGAAGUCCAGGAUUUGGACAUGGGCAAGGUCAAGGAAGUCAGUUAUUGUCUCCAUAUCAAGGGAGUUACAACCAAGGCCAGGGAACUCCGCUGACAGGACAAGGCCAAGAAGGUCAAAUACCUUCAUAUCAUAUGGGUAACAGCCAAGGCUUAGGAGCUCCGGUGCCUCCGAACCAAGUAACACCAGGCAAUUAUGGUCAAUGGGAAUUUGUGAACUACAACCAAGGACCACCACAUGGUAACUUUCUCCAAGGACCACCACAUGGUAACUUUCUCCAAGGACCCCAACAAAAUUACAACCAAGGAGGUCAAUGGAAUUACAGUCCACAUAACGGUGGACACUAUGGUCCUGCACAGUUUGGACAGUGGUAUCCUGGACCCCCUCAAGGAUGUGGAAUGCCUUCAUAUCAGGGGAGUUACAAUCAAGGCCAAGGAACUCAUAUCCCUGGACAAUGGCAAGGUCAAGGAUGUGCAAUGCCUUCAUAUCAGGCUAGUUACAAUCAAGCCCAGGGAGCACCGGCGCCUCCUCCAUACCAUGGAAACUACAAUCAAGGACCACCAGGCAGUUACGGUCAAGGGACAUCUGCUAACAUCAACCAAGGAUUUCCAGUGAACCCAGCGAAUUACAAUAUGCAUAACGGUGGAAACUAUGGUCCUCCACAUGAAAUAGCAGGAAAUCCAGGAUUUAUUAGACAAGGGUUUCCUGGUCACAGACAGAGUCAAACAUUUCAACAAGAGGAUCAGAGAAAUGUAGCAGGUGACUUGUGCAACAAUCAUCUUGCAGACCCAACUGAAACCAGAAAACCAAAUUCUCGAACAUAAGCGAUUACACAGUUUGGUUGUCUCAAAGGAUUUUGAAAACAGAAAUUUCCUCUCUCACUUAUUGUUCUGUAUAUAUGUUUACAUAGAUGAUUCCUUUGUUUCAAUUUCUACAUGAAGAUCAGAUGAGAGGAAUGCAGGAAUUGUGAAACUUGCAGCUUCUAAGGAAAGCAGAUUUCUUUUGUGGUAAUACACCUACCAUUGAGCC